AUGACAGGCUCAUUUGGAUGGGUUGCUACCCAUCCAUCGGAUUACAUCAAAGGCAUGUUGCAGGCGUUGAAAGAGAACUUGGCGGAUUUUGACUUCGGUAUGUCACUCUUUUGGGAUCGGUCGGAACCUAAAUGUUAUUUGCCCGUGAACGACUUGGAUGGGAAGGAUUUCGAUGAGAAGGUGAAGGCGGCGUCCGAAAUAUUGGCGAAGAAUCCUCCUCGCGGAAGUAAUGAAAACGAUUGGCCGGAGGACUCAUUGUCUGCAUUGCCCGUGGUGGCUGCAAACCAGUUUGCUUCCAUGCCGACUGAUGCGGUUAAGAUUUUCGUCGUUAUCACCGACGACUGGGGCAAGUACCACGGCAUGGAAUGUCCUGAGAAGCAGUGCUACACCCAUUGGGAGACAGACGACGCAGUCAUAAACGACAAGGUGACUGAGGAGGUUACCUGCGAUACACACAUCUGGUACCCGACAAUGGACCAACUCAUCGACAGCAUAAAGACCUACAACAUCAUUCCCAUUACCCUCAUCGUCGAGAAGUACGUUGACUGGUGGACAGACAUGUGGUCCGUCCACGCAAAACUGGACGCCAGCCAAGGCGAGUUCGGCGUGUUCCCCAUGACCAUGAGCGCCACAGGCGUUGCGCAGAGCAUCGUCGAGAGUAUCAACGCGGUGAGCUGCAUCCUCAAGACCACGACGACCACGACCACGACGACCACGACCACACCCACAACCGCCACCACUGUUACCACGGUUGUUCCCAUCAUAACCACCACUGGUGUACCGGGACCAGCACCGGACCACAACAAGGCAAUUGCCAUCGGCAGCGCAGCAGCCGGGGCAGCCGCCUUGCUUGCUGGCGCGGCUUGGUACAAACUGCGAGAUAGUCCACCACCCGAACUCGACGUCGUCGAGGAGGAAGGCGCGGCGGAUGCGGCCCAAGCCGGGAACCGCGAGUCUAUCGUAGCCAUGGAAGAAGACGCGUAUGAAUAG